GCGUGCGCUUUGCUGUGGCGCCGGCUACAGAAGGAGAAAGAGCAGACGGGUCGCGGUUUGGGCCAGCCGGCGUCGUUGAGAGAACAACGCGCUCUCAGGUCGCCCCAGCCAUGUCCUACUGCAGGCAAGAAGGAAAGGACAAAAUUAUAUUUGUGACCAAAGAGGAUCAUGAGACACCGAGCAGUGCUGAACUGGUAGCAGAUGACCCCAAUGACCCGUACGAGGAUCAAGGUUUGAUAUUGCCCAAUGGAGAUAUCAAUUGGAAUUGUCCUUGUCUCGGUGGAAUGGCUAGCGGCCCUUGCGGGGAACAAUUCAAGUCAGCUUUUUCCUGCUUCCAUUAUAGCAAGGAAGAUAUAAAGGGGUCAGAUUGUGUGGACCAGUUUCGUGCAAUGCAGGAGUGCAUGCAGAAGUAUCCUGAUCUCUACCCUCAGGAGGAAGAUGAUGAUGAUGACGAAAAAGAAAAGCAGAACAAAGAUUUAGAAACUACUCCUUCUGUAGCCAAAGUGGAGGAGGGAUCUAGCUAAUGAAACUGCGUGGAGGCUGUGGUCUCCCUUCCAUAUUCAAAAGGACACAUGAACUUAUGCAAAUCACUUUCUGUUCCCCUCCACUUUUCCUUUCUUGCUCCACUUUUCUCCUCAUUCUUCAAGAAAUGCCCUUCACCUCUGUUCUGCACACUGCAUUGUGAAAUAACUUACUGAAGGAAAGGCAAAGUCAGUCCAAUGGCCUUACCAAGUAAAUGCUGUAGAGAGGUCAAGUAUGCCUACCUUAACAAAACCACUCUGCUUUAACAAUUAUUUUCUGUUCUAAUCAUGCUCAUUUUGCAGGAUUUUUUGCACAAGAUCAGUAGAGACAACCUACAGUAAUGGCGGGGGGAGGAGGGGAGAAUCUGUUGCUAAGGGUGUAGGGUCAGUGUUUGAUUUUAAUACAUUUCAAUAAUUAACUGUUUCAGGUGUUUUCUAUACUAAAAAUUGUAUAAAAUGCUUUCUUGAAACCACCAGAGAGAGAGAGAGAGUGUGUCAUACGCAGUUGAACAUGGGUGAUGUUUUCACGUGAACAAUCUGUGUGUUUCAGAACCAUAUGCAGUUUGCAUAAGCUACUGAUUUCUAGUAAUAGAAAGUUAAUGUUGAGUAUUGGGGUGUGGGGAGAGUCAGAUUUUUUGCUUUUUAAAAAAAAUCUGUGUUGAUCAAUUCCUGAUGUAAAUGACUUGAUAAGAAAAUGCUGACCACUGUGUUCCUUAAUUUUCCUGGUGAACCUUGAUUUGUGGGGCUCCUUCUAGUCUGCCUCCAUCUUCAGAAAGGUUGAUCAAAUAUGUCCCCUUAAUAGGAAAACUAUAAUGUUACCUGGAGUAACAGCCUCUGAGUGAAUACUGUGACUUGAGUAUACAUUAAAAAGGUAAAAUCUU